UAACACCCAACCUGGGCUUCCCUCUCAUCGGGCCACCUGGCUUCACUCCGGGCCCACCAUGGGAGGAUGCCUCUCCAAACCCAAACCAGUAGAGGUCAAAGUUGAGCUCACUCUUUUGGACAAAGAAAAGGAGGUGGACCUGAUGUCUCCUAAUGGAAAGGCCAGUCCAUUUUCAGAAUGCAGACCCAAUGGAUCUCUGGGACACUGUUCAGACGAGGACACCAUGACACUGCGGCCACAGCGCAAACAUAGAGAUUACAUAGAGGCAUCUGUCUGCCAUGUAAAAGACCUUGAGAAUGGACAAAUGCGUGAGGUGGAUUUAGGGGCAGGUCGUGCUCUGCUCAUUAAGGAACACGGAGAAUUCUUUGCUAUGGGACACAAGUGCCCACAUUAUGGUGCUCCACUGGUCAAAGGUGUGCUAUCAAAAGGGCAUGUGCGAUGUCCAUGGCAUGGGGCAUGUUUUAACAUCACUACGGGUGAUAUUGAGGAUUUUCCUGGCCUAGACAGUUUGCCUACCUUCCAGGCCAGAGUCGAAAAGGAGAAGGUGAUAAUAAGAGCAAACAAGCAGGCCCUUCAGACUCAGCGGCGGUCAAAGGCCAUGUCAAAAUGUUCAGCUGUCAUCAAUUCCAGCACUGGAUUCAGCCACAUUCUCAUUAUUGGAUCAGGUCCUGCUGGUCUGGUGUGCGCUGAGACUCUGAGGCAGGAGGGUUUUACUGACCGUAUAGUGAUGUGCACCAUGGACAAACAUCUGCCUUACGACAGGCCUAAACUGAGUAAGUGUUUAGAGAGCACAGCUGAGCAGCUUCAGCUGCGCUCAUCUGACUUCUUUCAGGCGCACGACAUAGAGAUACUAUUAGAGAAAGAGGUUGUCUCUGUGGAUGUGAAGACACGGACUGUGACAUUUCGGGAUGGUUUUAAAAUGGAGUAUCGAAAACUCUUCAUUGCCACAGGGAGCAGACCCAAACCUUUGAGCUACAAAGGCAAAGAUGUGGGAAAUGUGUUUCACCUCAGAACACCAGAAGAUGCCAACAGCAUCGCGACACUCGCCAGCAGUAAGAAUGCUGUCAUCGUUGGAACCUCAUUUAUUGGUAUGGAGGUGGCCGCAGCUCUCACAGAUAAGGCUCACUCAGUGUCUGUGAUUGGCAUAGAGGCCGUGCCAUUCCGUAAAGCACUCGGAGAGAAAGUAGGAAAAGCCUUGAUGAAGCUGUUCGAGUCAAACAGGGUGAAGUUCUACAUGUUGAACGAAGUGUGGGAGAUGCGAGGGCAUAAUGGACAGUUAAAAGAAGUGGUUCUAAAAAGUGGCAAAGUCUUGAGAGCUGACGUCUGUGUUAUUGGCAUCGGCUCCAGUCCAGCCACAGCAUUCCUGAAGCAGAGCGGAGUGCACAUGGACUCCAAAGGAUUCAUCCCAGUCAACAAGACCAUGCAGACGAACAUUGAUGGGGUUUUCGCCGGCGGUGACGUGGUAACGUUUCCUCUAGCUUUACGUAGCAAUAAGAAGGUGAACAUACCCCACUGGCAAAUGGCUCACGUACACGGUAGGGUGGCUGCCCUUAGCAUGAUGGGAAAGGCCUCAGACAUUAAAACGGUGCCUUAUUUCUGGACAGCCAUGUUUGGGAAAAGCAUACGAUAUGCAGGUUAUGGAGAUGGCUUUGAUGAUGUCGUCAUCCAGGGGGAUUUGGAUGAGCUGAAAUUUGUGGCAUUCUACACAAAGAGUGAGGAGGUGGUAGCCGUGGCCAGUAUGAACUACGACCCCAUUGUGUCACGGGUUGCAGAAGUCUUUGGCUCUGGAAAGACGAUUAGGAAACGUGACGUGGAGACAGGAGACAUGUCAUGGCUGAUCGACAAAGGCUCGCAGUGAGGAUGUGAUCGGCUCAGCACAGCAAGCUCCUUGAGUUUUUCUUGCCAAACUUGGACGAUCACCUGUAACAGACGUAGUCUUAGUGCUGCAGCUGCAGUUGGUUAAGUGGGACACUAGAUGGGAGACGUACACUGUCCUAACCCGAGCACCUGGGCCGUGCCGAGGACAUCGUCCCCAUGAGGUGGAACCUCUCCAGGCCUGGAUCCGUUCACAGCACUAACAAAUGAGCCAUACCUGGUUUUUUACCCUCUCUACUAGAUGGGACAGUUCUCUCUCUCUCUUGUGGGUUGGUCGAAUCUUUUGCAUGAAGCAUCUGCCUGUACACAAUGUUCACGGGAGAGCGGUUAAGGGGAAUUGUCAUAUUUUAUUUUGUACAUGUAACUUUGUAUAUAGCUAUUAACUGAAGAUGCAUUCAAACAAUAAGACUGCACUUUUUUCUACCGAACCUCUGCUACUGAAUAGCCAGGCUACAGGAAUGAGAACAGAGCUGAUGUCUGGCUCACAUCGAAAUACGCAGCUUCGCUUGUGGCAGUUUGUAGAUGUAGAGAGAGCAGAUGCAUGAUAAUUCAUAUGCAUAGUGCAUUAGUUUUCAUUAAGACUCUCCCAAAGGAUCUUAAUGUGGGAUCAUUAUUCAGGGAAGGUAACAAGGUCCAUAUGUCAAUGUCUAUGAAUAUAAAUCAAAUAUGAUAUAU